AGUGCCCUUUACAAACAACAGUGAGGCAGUGACAUUUUUUACAUAAAUUUUCGCAACGUUCUUUAGGGUGCACUCCUAGUUAAUUAAUAGUUUCUUUUUACAACCGUCUACAUUUUACUUCUAAGGCACAGAGAACUGGAAAUAGGAAAAAUAUAGUGUGCGAGAAAAAGGAGAUCUUCAACUGAGAGCAAGUUUAUCCACCACAACGGAGAGCCCCAGGCAGACGGGGCCACAAGCUCGUGUUUCGGUGAAGGACAACGCUCCUUCCACCAAGCGACGCUGGGUCCCACCUUCUACACUGAGACAUCAAGAUGCUCUUACGCCAGAAUCACGUAAUGACCUGGUUUUCCGCAAAGUCCGCGGCAUUCUUAAUAAACUCACCCCAGAGAAAUUCAAGAAGCUGAGCGAUGAUUUAUUGCGCAUCGAACUACAGUCCAACGUUAUCUUGAAGGGUGUCAUUUUUCUCAUAUUCGAGAAGGCCCUCGACGAACCGAAAUACUCGUCUAUGUAUGCGCAGUUGUGCAAGCGACUGUCAGAAGAGGCACCUAAUUUCGAAUCCCCCGAUCAGCCCACUUCCUUUAGAGUUCUUUUACUUAAUAAGUGCAAGCUUGAAUUCGAAAACAGAGCCGCUGCCCUCGAAUAUAAUGGAGCUUCUUUCAACUUUGGCGGCUCCGACGAGGAGGACGAGAGACGGCAAAUCGCGAAACGCAAAAUGCUCGGCAACAUCAAAUUCAUCGGCGAAUUGGGAAAACUGGAAAUACUAUCGGAAAACAUUCUACACCUAUGCAUCAAGGAAUUGUUGGUUAGACGUGGCGACGACUUCUGCGAGGACCUGGAAUGCCUCUGUCAGAUUUUACGGACCUGCGGCCGCAUCUUGGACACCGACAAGGGUAAAAACCUCAUGAACCAAUACUUCGAAAGAAUGAGAAUGUUUGCAGAAAACCAAGAUUUACAACCAAGAAUCAGAUUCAUGUUGAAAGACGUGAUUGAUUUAAGAGAUAAUGGAUGGGUGCCGCGAAAGGCAAUCGUCGUUGAAGGUCCGAUGCCCAUCAACCAGAUCAAACCCGUGGACGACGAUCGUCCUGUAGCUUUCAGAAGAGACCGAAAUCACGACCGAGACAAUGAUAGAUCUAAUAUUUCGGACUUGUUCCGUCAUCCUAUGAAGACCAGAAGUGGUCUUGACGAUAUGCUUAUGGGUAUAAGUUUGUCUCCUUCCGCUCCAUCCCUCAUACCCACUGUUCCACCGUUUGGGGCGCACAACGGAUUCAGCAGCCAAAGGGAUGGAAGUUACAGGGGGCACAACAACCAACGCAGUGGCGCGUACAAUUAUAACAACCAGAGGGGGCAGUACAAGCACAAUCAGAAUAACUCCAACUCACAAUUUAACCAAUCGAACAAGGACCUAGCUCCGCGUUUUAAGAAGAGCAAUUUGAUAGUCGGCAAAGAGGAAAUGGCAGAUGUUGAAUUGAGACCAAACUCGAUGUUGAUAACGAAGGCUUCUUCGUUGAAAAGUAACAACAUGAUGAACAAUAACAAGACAAUGGAACCUAACUUUGCACCUUCUACAAUUAAACAACCCCCAUCGACAUUGCUCAAAGACCCUCUACCUAUUAAGCAGGUGCCAGCUGAAAAACCUAAACAAUCCAAAAAAGACAAAGGCCCCAACAAAGAGGAAGUUCUUAAGAAAUUUAAUACUUUAAUAGAGGAAUUUUGGAAAGGUGAAGUAGAUCUUAAGCAAGCGAUUAAUUCUUACAAAGAGCACAAAGUUCCCGAUAAGUUUGCCAAAGAGAUGGUACUGAGUGGUUUGUCUAAUGCUUUAGAGAAAUCUGAUGUCGAACAAGAGAAAUUGAUCAGAUUUUUGAGCAACCUCAAAGAAGACAACCUGAUCAGCGGCAAUACUGUUCAGGACGCGUUUAAGUCACUCUGUAAUGUAUUGGAAGAGAGAGAAAAUGAGAUUAACAAAGUAACAACUGCAGCUUCGGUUCUGUUCGCUACAGCGAUUUGCGAACAUCUAGUACCCCUUUCCGACGUUGCUAAUUUGACUGAGAACGGAGCACACCACCCGCUGUUCCUUUUAGUAUUGCAGAAUAUACACAAGAAGAGGGGAAAGAGCGAAUUAUCGGAAAUGUUCAAUAAGAGUAAGAUCAACUUGAUGACCCAACUGCCAGAUUGUGAUAAGACUAAAGAAAGGUUGUCGGAAAUUCUAGAAGAAAGAGAUCUAACGUUCCUAUACCCAUUGCUACGUAUACAAGCUGAUCUUGCUCGUCAACUUCAAGCCGAUCCAAAUCCACAAGCGUUCUACAAGUGGAUCAAGGAAAAUCUAGAACCUUCAAAUUUUAACGAUCCUGGAUUCAUAAACGCACUUAUGACUGUUUUGUUGAAAUACAUUACACAGGAAUCAUCUGCUUGUGGCGAUGAAAAAGCGAUUAUAGAAAAGGAAAAUGGCCUCUUGAAGCGAUACCAACCGAUCUUGCACGCCUUCCUGCGCGACAAAUCCAGUUUGCAGUUGGUGGCACUGUAUUCGCUCCAGAUGCAUUUCCAUUCGCUGGGAUUCCCACGCGGUCAGCUCUUGAGGUGGUUCAAUGCGCUCUAUGACAUGGAGAUUGUCGACGAAGAAGCGUUUUUGAAUUGGAAGGAGGAUGUAACUGAUGCAUAUCCAGGCAAGGGUAACGCUCUGUUUCAGGUUAAUCAAUGGUUGACAUGGUUACAGGAAGCAGAAUCAGAAGAGGAAGAAGGAGAUGAUUGAACUAGGAUUUAAAAAAAAAUAAAAAAAUAUAAGUGGCGUGAUUUUCACAUAAUAGUAGAAGUUUAAACCUAAGUUAAGUUAUUAAAAUAUAAAAAAUACAGGAAACGUAAUGGAGGUCUAGUCUCCAUUUAUUACUUCGCUAUUUGUUAUCUCGACAAAAAAUUUCUCGUCUUGAUAGACUUUUUUCUAAUUUAAUAUAAAAGACAGUUUCGUUGUACCUUACCAGCGUUGGACUGAGGGCGUUCAGUGGUAGAUCUUUAUAGGAAGUGCAAAAGACAUUUUGUUCGCGUCUUAUAAGUGUAAACUUGAAUGAAAGUAACAUGUUUUUUAUUGAAUACUUUUAAAUAAUAACAACAUACAUUAAAAAGUGUUCUCUGGCAUGUCCAUACAAUAAGAUCAAAUACGAAAAAUGGCGAACAUUCAAUGCCCCUUAACAUCUGCGUGGCCACUAGCGAAUUUGACACCGUCUUUAGUCCUACACUGGAUUCACAUAGCCAGUAACACAAAUGUGACGCCGAAAUUUUUUGUGGGACCCUAGGUUGAUUUUUUUAGUUAAUAUCUUCUUGUGCGUGGACGAUUAAUUAUACUCCAGUCUGAAGAACUCUUAGUGGAAUUUUUUUGUGAAAUUAUACUUAGAUAAACGUAAAGAUUAUUUUUUAUUCUUUGUAAAUGGUAUUUUAUUUUCAAUGAUCAUGAUUAAUAGAUCUGUAAGUGUAGUUUCAUCUUAGGUUUUCUUUUAACCAUACCUUUAUAUUGAUUAAUAAAUUAUUUUUUACAUAAAACUACUAUUUCGUUAAAUAUAAGACACAUUUUAAGAUAAGUACCUCGACAAUAACAACAAAAUAUUACUUAGGUACGGCCAAAUAGUAUAAGACGUAAAAUGGUUUAAAGCAUAAACAAUGCAUUCAUAUUUUUAAGCCACAAAAGUUGAAAUCUAUCAUUGAUAAAUGAUUUGAUGUUUUCAUUGCAAGAAUGGAUUGCAUUUUGAAAUUGCAAUUGUGCAAUUAAAAUGCAAGAAUUGCCUAAAUAUGAACAUUAAAAAGACUAAUUAUGAACAAAUAAUUAUCUACGAGGAUGAUCAGAAAAGUACUUGACCUUAUAGUGAUAAUGACAACUUUAUCCGCUCCAAAGUACUCAUCUACUCUAGCAAUUGCUUCUUGAAUACCACAAAAAGCACUGACCAACGAAGUUCUUCAGUUUUGAAACAGAAGUCCAAGUGUCAGUAAGUAAACAUUUUUAUGGCAACCGCGCAGCACUCAACGGUGUUCCCAAUGUUGCUGCAAAACAUGUUGAAGGUUGAUUUACUAACACGGAUCCGGCUCGAAAGACAAUGAUAUGUUCAUAUCAUUUAAUAUCCAUUUAAUUUGUAAACACGUUUGUUUUUUAUUUUCUAGUCUACCAACCAAGAAAUACGAUGAAUCAUGUAGUAUAAUAUUACCUAUUACAUUUUUAGAAGUUGAGAGUAGUAUUCUCCAAUUGUGGCUUUAUUUUUUUCAAGAUAGUCAAUCUGCAAAAUUCUUGUCGUAUCCCAAUGUCAUCUUUUUGACGCUUAAGGUCUUCAAUCCAUUGCUUAGAUUGAUGUUUGAUUUCAAAUGUUUAGUAAUAAGUGUAUGUUUCAACCAAUGUAACGUAUUGACAUAUAAAGUCACCUCUGUUUUUCUCAAAACCAGUUUUCAUCAAUCAUUUUUUGGAUAGUCUCACGCAGUAUCCGUCUUGCUUAAAGCUAUUCCAUGUUUAAUUCUAGUUCCGAAGUGUGACCAAGCCGUUCCUUUGAUGUCCUAAGGACAUUGACAAUAUCACGUAUCUUUGUACACCGAUCUUCUAAAACAGAUGAUUUCCAGUGUAGCGGCAGUUUUGCACGUCCUUCGUGUGAUCCUUCGAAUCAUUAAAAUUGUCACGGCUACUUUUAAAUCGACCGCCCAUUUCUUCACAAUUAUUAAAAUUGAAAAUAGGGGAAUAAUCACCAUAAAAAUGAAUUGCGGGCCAUGUUAAAUCAGCUUUUUAUCAUUUCACGGUACUCUUGAAACAAUUUUUGUCAUUUUCAAUACUACGCGCAAUCCGAUUGUUUCAAUCGACUGCCUAUGUCAACUGCUGAUUGGAAUGACUUGAAAUUGCGGCUAUCUCUGGAGGUACCCUUCAGCAGACAUUCUAUUAUAUGAGAUAUCAAGUGAUAAGUUAAUGUACUAUUACCAUCUAGAAUGCUAAAAAAAUCUUAUUUAUUAUAAAUGGCCAUUAACUUUUUUUUAUAUUAUGUUUCGACUUUUGAAGAUUACAAAAAGUAUUUUUUUACAUUGUUCCUCUAUUUUAAAGAUUGCGCCAAAAAAUUUUCAUCUAAAAAUUACUCGGCAAUGGCGGAUAGUUAGUCUCUGGAAUGCAAAUCUGAAACAGGAAAACUUGGGAAGCGUUUUAAAAAAGAAGUGCCCUUACGUGAUCGUGAUAGUUUACCAGAAAAAAUUGAACAUAGAGCGGACUUCGUGGUGAGCUUAAAAAAUAAUAUGGCGGGCGUUUGAAAAAAUUGUUCAAUAAUUGACCUUAUUUAAAUUUUUUUAGUCACACAAAUUUUUAAUUUUUUGUCAAAUUGUGGUUAACUAUCUAUCAUAGAUAAAAAACAAACAAAAUGCAUCAAGGUUUAUUAAAAUCGACUAGAUCCGAAGAUUAAAGAUUUUGAGAAAAACGUUUUUAAAACUAGCGGACAGAUAAUCUCCGGAUCUAGUCUAGUUGAUUUUAAUAAACCUUAAUGCAUUUUAUUUGUUUUUCUAUUUGACCAGAAAAAUAAUAAAAUUUUUAUUUUUUUUAAGAAUUUUCAAUUUUUUGGCAAACUAUCACGUAAAGGCACUUCAGUUUUAAAACCCUUCUCGAAUUUUAUGUUUGAAGAUUUGCUGUUUCAGAGAUUAACUAUUCACCAUGGAACAGUAAUUUUUGCCGUCAUCUUUCUAAUACAGGAACAAUAAAAACAGAAAACAAUUUUUUUGUAAUCUUCAAAAGUUGUAUAAUAUAAAAGAAGUUUAAGUGUCAUAUAUAUAAUAAAUAAGAUACAAGAAAAAAAUGUUGAAAAUCUGUAAUUUUUUAGCAUUUCUAGUGAUAAUAAACGGAUACAUAAAUGCAAUGUCAAAUUGAAAUCAUUUCAACAUGUUUGCAAAUAUAUUAAAGUUUCAGUAAAUGACCACAUUUGAAAGUGAUGUAGAUGUCAGGCAAAUGUCAGAUUAUAUUAGAAUAGUAUUUCUACUACUACGUUCAUUCCCAAGAUAAGCUCGAGAUAAUACUGAUCGGUGAGUGUGUCGUGUUCUAAAAUUAAUUUAUAACCAAUGACUAGCUGCGACGACAUGACACCGAUCAGUUCGACCUCGAGCUUAUCUUGGCAAUGAACGUAGUAUAGUAACACAUUUUAAAGAAAAGAAUAUUAUUCUGAAACUAUUUAUUUGUGGUAUCUUAAUAGUUUAUUUUUAUUUCCGAAGUGGAAAAAGAACGAAACAAAAUAUCAACACAUAGUUGGAUUUGAAUGGAUUACUGUUCAGUGAAUGGCUUUGUUUUGAAAAGCAAAAAAGAGUAAAAAUCAUUAAAAUUUGAUUUUUAAAAGUUUUGGUCUGUGUAUACUUCUGUUACAACAGCUUCAAGCUUUCAAUAACUCAAGUUCGAUUUUCAACGACUGAUUUGUCUUCUCAUGAUUUUGAUAAAGCUUUGCAACAGGUGAAGGGGAAAGUCAAGAAAAAAAGAAUGAAAAUUUAUUUGAUUUUAAACGACCUUUUUCUCGGACUCAACGCUUCUGUUCCAAAAUCAAAUAAAAUUUCUCAUACGUUAGUUUAUAUAUUUCCAAUAUAAACAUGUAAAAUUUAGUUUAAAUGAUAGUCUUGUUUUGAAAUGUGCCGUAUAAUUACUUUUAUCUAUUUUUUCGUAUAAAUUUUGGGAAAUUUAAUUUUUGGAAAGAUAACUUUAUUUUUUAAUUUUGAGAUGUAUAUUUGGUAUUUAAUUUUUAGUUUGUUAAUCAUUAAGGAUGAGACUGCACCUAUUUGCUCACCACCCAGAUGACUGUGUUAAGACAUAAACGAGCUUUUAUUCUGUAAUACUUUUAUAUACAAAAAUGUGUUCUAUUUUUUGUGUAACUCGUGUCCAAGUAAUGUAUUUUCUCAAGUAUUUUUUCGUUGUUUAAACUUUUUUUUUCAAUACCCUUAGGUAACUUAAUGUGUCACUAAGAAACAACUAUACUGUGAACGUUUUGUGUUUAAUAAACUACUCGAUGGUAUUUUUUGCUAUCGAUGUCAAUUUU